AAUAAAUAGAAAAUAAAAUAGACCACACACUCAAUUGUCAAUCACUCAUAAAAUCUUAAUACAGUUCUACAAGAAGUAACACUAGAGGACUACCAUGUGUUUACCAACUCAAGGUAAAUGUGCUGUUCUUUGCCAAAAGCCGUGAAUUAGUUGGAGAAAAUAGAAGUGAAAUCAGUAUCACAUCGAGAUCUGUCACUACUGACCAACUAACUUCCUUUUUAUUGGAGACUUUUCCAAGUUUCUGCAAUGACUGACAUCGUGGAAUUAUCUAAUGAGAAAUUGAAUGUUGAGGACGUUUCAAAAUCUGUCACUUUACCAAAUUGUGGUGCUGUAUCACUAUUUAUUGGUACCACUCGUGAUCAUUUUGAUGGCAAAGAGGUGUUAAGCUUGCAGUAUGAAGCAUACCAUACAAUGGCUAAAAAGAAAAUGUUUGAAAUUUGUCAAGAUAUACGCAACAAAUGGAAUGUUGGAAAAAUCGCUCUUGUACAUAGAUUAGGUGAAGUCCCUGUUGCUGAAGCAAGUGUUAUUAUAGCCAUCUCUUCAGAACACCGCAAGGAAUCUCUUGAAGCAGUUCAAUAUGCCAUUAAUACACUGAAGGCUGUAGUGCCUAUUUGGAAAAAGGAACUUUAUCGGAACAGUUCACCUGAGUGGAAAGAAAAUACAGAAUACUUUUGGAAGAAGGAAGGAUGUUGCAAUUUCAAAAUGCUCUAACAAUUUAUUUUUAGUGAUAAACAGUUUUUCUAAACAAUAUCCAAUAUUUUAAAAGGGAAUAAAACAACAUAAAUAUUUGAAA